AUGGGUAAACAAAAUAGUAAGUUAAAACCUGAAGUUCUUGAGGAUCUUAGGCAAAACACAGAAUUCACAGAUGCUGAAAUUCAAGAAUGGUACAAAGGUUUCUUAAAAGACUGUCCCAGCGGACAUCUUAGUGUAGAUGAAUUCAAGAAAAUUUAUGGAAAUUUUUUUCCUUAUGGUGAUGCCUCAAAGUUUGCUGAGCAUGUCUUUCGUACAUUUGACGCGAAUUCAGAUGGUACAAUAGACUUCAGAGAAUUUCUGUGUGCUCUUUCGGUCACAUCCAGGGGAAAGCUAGAGCAGAAAUUGAAAUGGGCCUUUUCGAUGUAUGAUCUUGACGGAAAUGGUUUCAUUUCUAGGCAAGAAAUGUUGGAAAUUGUCACGGCUAUUUAUAAAAUGGUUGGCUCAGUAAUGAAAAUGCCAGAGGAUGAAUCCACACCCGAAAAGAGGACCGAUAAAAUCUUCAGGCAGAUGGACAAGAACCAGGACGGAAAGCUGUCAUUGGAUGAGUUCAUCGAAGGUGCGAAAAGCGAUCCAUCAAUCGUGAGGCUGUUGCAGUGCGACCCACAAGCGCAGUGA